AGUCCGUUUAUAUAGCAGGAGCUCCGGGCGCUUUGUACUCAGUUCAUUAAAAACUACUCAGAGAGCACGGUGACUGGAACAGCGCAAGUUAUUCUGUAGCUCAGUUCAAAAGAGAAAGCGAGCCCGGCGAGGCCAGCAGUGGAAAUACUCAGUUUCAAUCCUCUCCGACAACCUUUUCAUUACAACUAUCUUCAAAUUUUCUUGCGGUGUGCACACAGCGGUUGAUUAUGCACUGCCAAGCCGAGUUGAGGCUCUCUUCCCCCGGGCAGCUGAAAGCAGCCAGGCGGCGCUACAAGACUUUCAUGAUUGACGAAAUUCUUUCCAAGGAGACUUGCGAUUACUUCGAAAAACUUUCCCUUUAUUCUGUGUGCCCUUCUCUCAUCGUCCGGCCAAAACCUAUGCACUCAUGUUCUGGCCCUUCCUCACUGCGGGCGUAUCCCCUCCUGUCUGUCAUCACACGCCAGCCCCCCGGCCUGUCCCAGCCCUCUCCUCCCAGCCGGCUGCCCCCCUCCCUGCCCGUGCUCUCUCCCCAGCUUACGCGGGGGCCUGAUGUGGCCCCCAGCGAGACGCCCGUGAGCAUCAGCAGCGAGUCGGAGGCGGAGCAGGGGGCCCUGAGACCGAAGAAGCCUCGCCGCAGCCGAACCAUCUUCACCGAGCUGCAGCUCAUGGGGCUGGAGAAGAAGUUCCAGAAGCAGAAGUACCUCUCCACACCUGACAGGCUGGACCUAGCCCAGUCUCUGGGCCUCACGCAGCUGCAGGUUAAGACCUGGUACCAGAACAGACGCAUGAAGUGGAAGAAGAUGGUCCUUAAAGGGGGUCAGGAGGCUCCCACCAAGCCCAAAGGGCGGCCUAAGAAGAACUCCAUCCCCACCACCGAGGAGAUCGAGGCUGAGGAGCGACUGGCCCGGCUGGCUGAGGAGGAGAGGGCUCGGCGAAACGCUGAGGGCCAGCAGCACCAGCCCCAGGACCUCAGCCCACCGGCAGGGGACGCGGAACCCUGGGCCCCGGCCCAGACCCCUCCCACCGGCCCCGGGCCCCAGCAGCUGCUUGCGCUGCAGCCGGACGUGCGUCCCACCAGCUAAAGGCACCGUCAGCCCGAUUAAGAGGCAGACAGACAACCAGAGACUAGGGCAGACUGGACCAGCUCCAUGCUGAAGGCCUCAGGAACUCAUUCCCCUGCUGAGAGUCUGUUAUGUAGGAUCAGUCCGCUGUCAGAAUGUGUGGAGGAAGAGCGAGCAGCGGCCCACACGCUGUAGAACAAAUACUUUUGGUAAUAAUAUCAUUUUAACAAUGUUCCUUCUCCUUAUGUACAACCAAACAGUGUUUUUAGGUGCACGCAUACAUUCACACACACACACACACACACACACACAUGCACACACACAAACAUACACACAAUAUCAUACUCAAACCAAAAUAUCACACACGUACACACAGGGAAGUUUAUCCAUGAAGAAUGUGAUUACAGCCCAGAUAUUAUAGUGUUUUUUUAUGUAGAGGUCGACGUCCUUUUCUUUUUGGCUUGCCCUGUUCACAGGAUGGAAUCCACUCCAUCCCAGAGUCCUCUGCAGUGUGAGCAUGAAUACUGUGCAAACAUAUGUGUCUCUCCAAAGAUUACAUUGUUAAGGUGCCUUUCUCCCCCAGGGGAAUUUCAAAGUUUUAACGUAAAACAAGUGAGCCAAAAAAACAUUGAUCUAUUAAAGUAUUCAAUGCAGAAAUGCAUUUGCAGAGUAUUUCUGCCCUUUUUUUCUAUGAAAGUGGAGCAAGAAAUUGUGCUUGCUGCUGGCAUUAAGAAUGAGCUGCAGGAAAUUCAAACUGUUUAAAAGUACCUUGUGUAGCCUUAUAACAAGCUCUGGUCACACAGCAGAAGCCAUAGUCUCAGCUUGUUAGUUUUGGUGUGGAGUUUUUUGGACAUUUUCUGUUUGGACUGUAUCUAGAUUAUCAUGUUGGCGAAACCGUAUUGUUCAUUUGAUACAUAGCAAAGCUCAUCACAUCAUUUGCUGGCACUGUAAAACAGUGGCAUUAUAGAAAACAAGAUAUGUUUAAACAAUAUAUAUCCAUAUAUAUAUCUGUAUACGUAAAAUAUUUACAGUUGGAAAGAGGAGUGCGUAGAUGAUCCUUUCUGUCCCCUCGGUUUCUGUUCUGACGCUGGAGGCAGGCUGAUUUCAUGGCCAAGGGGAAAGCCUCUUAAGCUGUCAGAAGCCGAGAAACGAAUAAAUCAGAUCCUCUGCCAGAGCGCCACGGAAACUGCCAAACGCUGAAAAAUGUUUCGGAGAUGUUUUCUGCCGGCGGGCUUUUGCAUGAGCGCCGCGAGAAGCAGAGCUCCUGAUCGACACAGCCGAUUGAGGCCCCGCAAACGCCCUGACAUUAGACCGUCUCCAGCUGCGCGUCAGCGCUUCUGCUUUCCGCCUUGGAGCCCUCCUUCCUCCAGUUUGUUUUGAUUUGUAGUAAAUAAAAAGAAACGAAAGAGAAAAAAACAUUUUUUGAAAAAAAAAGAAAAAGUAUAUUUUUAUUUCAUAUAAAGCCAUAUGAUAUUUUUCUGGUGUAAAUACUACAAUGCUUGUUGGGUAAGCUAACAGCUUGUUUUUUGGAAUGAAAAACAACAAAUGUUUGCUGAGAGUUAAUUAUUUUGUUCCAUUAUUUUGCUGCGUUGAUGUAAUUUCUACUGUAUAUGAGUGAGUGUUUGCAUAUUUAAGUACAUUUAAUAAAAAUGGCUUAAUUCAUUUGUGUGCCCAAAUCCUCUGUAAGUGUCAGUAUUUCAAAAAGGUCUUAGUCACCAUUCGUAAUCCUGUGUGGGAACUUGAAUCAGUGCACAAUAACAAACCUUUCAGUUAAGCUACAGUCGCAAUUGAAUAAAAGGUAAACUAAUCUUCUUGUGUUAAUUGCUGUCAUUACAGGGUUUAAAGUGAUAAGCACUUCUCAGACUGGGAAGAUGGGUGGUGCUUUUCUGUGUAGAAAGCUGUGGCAUAGUUUUCAGUUAAGGGCAUUUAACAAAGGUAGUAGGUUUAUAUCCCAGGUGGGGCUACUGCCUUUGAGCAAGGUUCAGAAUGUGAAGUUAUUCAGAAAACAGCCUACAUACUUGAUUGCAGGAUACUAUAUAAACAAAAAAUAAUUUUCAAUGAAUGCAAGGUGUGUCAGUUGCUGUGGAAGAAUUUAAGUUGCUCUUAAUAAGGCUUUCUGCUAAGCAAAUGCAAUUAUUUUCUAAAUUAUAUAUCUGUGGUUGCUUUCAAGAUCAUGAACACUGCUGAAUACAGAAAUAUUGAUCAGUAACGAUACGUAUUUUUCAUUUUGAAGUUGGAGUCAAUCCCCUUAUCCAGGAAUGUACUGAAAAUAUUGUGAAAUAAACUGUUUGAAAAAAAAAAUUCAAACCUUAUCAAAAUGUUGUCAAUAUAGAAAUCAUUGCUGUUUUCAUAGACUGCAAUAUAUUGCAUUGCUGUAAAAUUGUUUU